AUGGCAGGACGUAAUGAUCGAGCGAUCGCGAACGCAUUGACUGCCGUUGCUCAGGCUCUUCAGGGAAAUCAAAAUCAGCAAGGAGGUAAUGAUGAGCGCAGACUAGAACGGUUUAUGAAGCAAGAGCCUCCCAAAUUUAAUGGAGGUCACAAUCCUGAUGAUGCUUACAAGUGGUUACAAGAGAUUGAAAGGAUCUUUCGGGUCAUGGAGGCGACCGAUGCACAGAAAGUGAUGAUGGCUACUCACCGAUUAACUGAUGAAGCCGACUUCUGGUGGGACAAUACACGUGAGAGGAUGAUAGCUGUUGGUACCCUUAUGACUUGGAACAACUUUAAGAAUGAAUUCUUGGCAAAAUAUUUCCCAGCUGACGCAAUGACUAAGAAGGAGAUUGAGUUCCUGAAACUAGAGCAAGGCAGUAUGACUGUAGCUGAAUAUGCUAGGAAGUUUGAAGAACUAUCACGAUUUUGUCCUCACAUCAAUGCAGUGGGAGCAGAAGGUUCUAAGUGUGUCAAGUUUGAGGGCGGCCUGCGCCCAGAGAUUAAGAAAGCUGUUGGUUAUCAGGAGAUCCGUAAUUUUGCUGCGCUUGUCAACAAAAGUAGAAUUUAUGAAGAAGACUCCAAGGCAAGUUCAAGGUACUACAAGGCCUCGAGUGAAAAGAGGCAUGCGGAUCAGAAUCGCAACAAACCAUAUGAUAAGUCGAGGGUAGACCAGGAAGGUAAGCAAAAGUCUGCUAAUGGGCGUGAAACUAGUGGGGGAGGGAAUUCUAACCCUUCCAGGUGUUUUAAGUGCGGUGAGAUUGGGCACCAUGUGGCAGAAUGCCAAGAGACGAAGUCAAAAUGCUUCAGAUGUGGAAGGCUAGGACACAUGGCCAACGAGUGUAGGAGUUCGACUGUGACUUGUUUUCGCUGUGGGGAGCCGGGACAUACCCGUCCCCAAUGUGGAAAGCCAAAGAGAGGACCGGAUACUACGCCUGCCAAAGGGAAGGUGUUUGCCUUGCUCGGAGAUGGACCAAAUACUUAA